GCGGCCCGGACGCCGGGGCGGAGGCCGAGGAGGACGACUGGGCGCGCUGGUCGGCGCCCGAGGCGGCAGGCGGUUCCGCCCUCGGCCUGGAGCGCCGCGUGCAGCUCGUGGACGGCCAGCUCGCGCGGCUCGUCGCCGUGGUGCUGCGGGUGGGCGUGCUGACCCUGGAGCUGCAGUCUGCCGUGGCGAGCUGCGGCGCCGGCGAGCCCGCCGCGGUGGCGGUGCGCCUGGGCGGUCUGGCGUUCCUGCGGGACACCGUGUGCCGCCUGCGGCCGCUCGAGCGGAGGUGCCUCGGCGAGCUGGGCCUCCUCGAGGACGACCAGCCGUCAGCCGCCCCGGCGUCGCCGGCGGCGAAGCCGGGCUCGCCCGCGCGGGGCGCGGCGGAACGCGGCUCGUGCCUGCCGCUGCCGGACGAGCCGAAGGGCGAGGACCCGCCCGCGGCGUGCAUCAGCACCCUUUCGCUGGGCUCCGCGAGCGCGCUGUGGCGCGAGGGCGGCGGCGGUGCCGAGCGCCAGCUGCUGCAGCUCGCCCCGCCGCGCGGCCGCGCGGUGCUGGUGCGCUGGAAGGAGGGCCCGCCGGCCGCGGGGGCCGAGCCGCAGGGCGACCAGGGCUGGCACCCCAUCGAGGGCUGCGUCCACGGCGCGCGCGUCGUGCUGCACGCGGGCGCGCUGGCGGCCCUGGGGGCCAUGCUGUCGCGCUGCGCCUCGCCGCUGGAGAGGCUGCAGCCCCCGCCCCUGGAGAGCGGCUGGAUGCGCCUCGCGGUGCACGACACGCGGGUGGAGCUCCCCAGCCUGCCCGGCGGCGCCCACGGCGCGCCCGCCCUGCCCGGCCCCGCGGUGGCGGUGCCGGCGCUGCUGCUCACCAGCGUGCCGGGCCUGGGCGAGCUCUUCCACGCCCUGGAGGUGCUGCCGCAGCGGCUCGGCCUCGAGCGGCAGGUGCUGCCCCCCCCGCUGCCGGCGCUGGUCGGCAUCUCCGAGGGCCCGCGCCAGCGGCCAAGGCCGGAUGCCCCCGGGGGCCCGCUGGGCCUCGCUGGGCCUCGCGAGGGGGUGCUCUGCGAGCAAGCCUUGAUCUCGCAGGGGGGCACCCCUGGGAGCGCCCGAGAGCUGGCCGGCGGCGCGGUGCGGGUGGGGGAGCAGCUCGCGCCGUCGCGCUCGCCGCCGCACGCGCGCGCGUGGGUCGCGGAGCUCGUGGGAGGAAGACGCCUCGCGGCCGCUGCCCUGGCCUCGUGCUGGGCCUUUUUGGCCAAGGGCAACGUCGACGUUUCAAGGUGCGUUUGCUUCUCCAGCAAAGUGCAGGAGCAGCUCGCGGCGGAGCAGCCCGAGCUCGCCAGGGUGCGCUGGCAGGAGCUGGUGGACCUCGUUCAGGCGCAGGUCUCCUCCGAGGCCCUCGCGCAGGUGCUGCCGGAGCUGAGCGCCGCUGCGGAGGAACCCGCCGGCGCCGGCGCGGCCGUGGCGGGCGCCGCCACGGCACCGCAGGAGCGCCAGAGCCCCGCGAAGGCGAGCAGGCACCGCCGGGCCCCCGACCCGGAGGGCGAGGCGGAAGCCCUGGCCUCCGAGUGGGCCUCGCUGCAGUGGGAGGUGCAGCGCCUCCGGGAGGACCGGCGGCGGGUGGACGCGCGCCUCGCGCGCUUCCACGCCGCGGCCGACGCCGGCAUGGCCCGCUCGGAGGCGCGCGCGGCCGAGUGGGAGCGCGCCGUGGCCGCGGCGGUCGCGCAGGAGCGCGGCGCGCAGGCGGAGCUGUCCGCGCGCGGGGAGGCUGCCCCGAAGCCCCGCGGUGCUUGGGUGCAGGGGCCCCCGCGUGCUCCUCAGAAGCCUGCGGCGCCACCGCUCUCCGACGCCCAGGUUGCUGCCUACGCUCGCAUGUCGGAGGAGGACUUCGCAGCCGUCGCUGGCGACUUGUCGGCCAAGGCUCGUGCGAGGGUGGCCAACAAGCGUGCCCUCGACCACGGGGAGCCCCAGACUGCGGCACGCGCGGCCCGCCUCGACGCCGAUGUGCUGCAGCAGCAGGUCGCCCAGGCUCAGGCCAAGCUGGACAGAGCCACGGGCCAGGCAGCCAAGGCCAUGCAGCAUGGCGGUGCGGCGCCGCCGGUGUCGGCGAGCGAGGCCUGCAAGCAGAUCGAGGCUCUGGUCGCGGCGGUGCAGGCCACGGCUGGCGUCGACGAGGAGGCAAGGCGCCUCACCGCGCUGGUCAAGAUGCUCCGCGACAAGCUCCCUGCAGAUGAUGCUGCUAGCGACGCUGAUGUGCCCAUGGCUGCGGCACCUGACUGGAGCUACUUCACGGACCCCAGUGGCGAUUUCUUCUCCACCUUCGUCGAGCCGCAAGGUGGCGUUGCUGGAGCUGCUGAUGACGAGCAAAGAGUCUCCGCUGCCAAGAAGAUACCCAGAGAAGCUUUCGAAUCUUUGGUCAAGCAGAUGCAAGAACAUCAUGUCAAGAAGGCCCGCACCGCCUCUUCAGAGGUUGCUGGCCAGCAGAAGCUUUAA